AUGCGUCCACUGCCAGCCAGAGACUCGAAGCUCUUGAUUUCUUCCUUCACCAUCGACGUCGAUAGCGACAGCGAAGCCUACUUUUCGAUGAGCGCUAGGCAGCCUUUCUUUCCGAGGCGCGAAGACUAUCCUCGAGCUCAGUCUCGUGCUGCGUUUGUCCCUGAUCCCAACAACCCCUUGCACAACAGCGGCGCUUCAGGUAACGCUGGACAAGCUCAGGACUCGGAACUGCUCAAGAACCUCGAUGCUGCGUUUGCUGCGCCAGGGUCGCGCCCUGGGAAUGGAACCAACGCGUCCGGACGCAUGCCUACCUCAGGUCUCGGUGGAUUAAAGAAGAGGAAGAUGUCUGGUCAGGAGAAUGGCGUCCAAAAUCCAUCGGCUGGUACUACGCCAAUGCAUAACAACAAUGUUCGGCCUGGAACUGCCGACCCUCGCUCUGUUCAUGCUAUGGGACAACAAGGCGCCCAUAUUCCGCUCGCUGUGCCGAUUCCUCAUAAUGCUGCGCGCUCUUCUCCUCUGCUCUUUCGCGACAAAACGUCUUUUUUCUCGUCCAGCUCGUUAAAAAAUGGCGCUCCGUCCCUUUCCUCUGGUGCUUCUGACAAAUCUGCAGAAAAUAGCGCGCAUAUACCUACUCUAGACACGAGCUCUCCGUUCACAGCGUCCUCAGGGCAGCACCCGCCCAGCACUGUAUCUGAUCCGCACCAGUCGCCCAACUUCCCGUCGUUCUCGAACCAGGCAGGUCCUCAGCGCAUCAUCGUUGACCCGGAAGUUCGUCGUAGGUCCUACGCUCAACGCAUGCCCGAAGGCGGACAAGGUGUUCCUGAGGGACACGAGAUCACUGAGGAUGGCAGGCUCAAGAUGUCUCUUCAUCAAGGCGUAAAGCGAGGUAGAGAGGACGAACAGGAGGAUGAAGACGCCUACGUCUACGCUGCUCAGGCCAAGCGCUUCAAGGGAGUUAAUAUGGAGGCUGAAGAAAACAUAAGCCGACGUUUGUCCCCUGUUACUGACCGCCCGAGCUCCGGCCAGUCGCAAUCCUCCAGCUACCGUCGUACUACUUUCUUUGCACCUGAGGGGGAAGGCGCCUCUCUUCCUCACCAUGACCACCGUGCUCAACAUCGAGGCUCGGUGUAUAACUCGCCCGCCGGCAGCAAGCGUCCUCCGUUCUUCCCCGAUCGAAGAGAGUAUGCGGAGCCUGGUGCCUUGGACAAGUUACUCGGCCGCGACACGGAUGCGUUCGUAAAGGAGAAGAUGGAUUCUUAUGAUGCCCGUGUCAAGAAGUGGAAUGAGUGCACGUUGGCUCAAUGGGUCGCUGGAUCUGAUGAAAUCGGGGCGAUGUUUCAUAAGAUACUUGACCUCGUCAAGAAAGAGAUGGAUGGCAAACUGAAGCUAUACGCAACUCUCAACACGAAUGUUGCCAACCAUAAUACCAUUUUGGAGGAACGAAAACAAGUUCUCGGCGCUGCGCAGAUGAAGCUCGUCAAAGAGAGUGGAAAUGCUCUGGGAUAA